AACUCACACACAGUCGGUCUGAUUACUCUCAUGGGCAUCAAUGUAAAUUCAUUAUCCAAUUAGCUAAAUUGAAAAUUGGUUAACCUACAACUUCAUAGCUGAAUCUCGUCUAGCUAUCGGUGCUUACUAGUGUUAUCCAGGUUUUGUAGAACUAUAUAAGAGUGAGAACAUAGGGAAAGAAACUAAUCUUUCAAAACAAUUUUUGUGCAGAUUUACUGUAUUGUAAACAAAUUUAUAGCGAUGUCGAAUUUCCCUGCUGUAGCCACCGUUAUUGGAGUGAGUAAAGAAGUAGCAGAAAGUGGGCCGUUGUUGGCGACUCUCGCGAUAGAUCCAAGCAUUAUAGGAGCCCAACCACACCCUGCAGAACCAGUAGAAAUAAAAACUGGAGACCCUGUGUCACAAGCAGUAGUUGACAACAUUAUUGGGAAGCUUCCAACAAAAAAAGAACCGGUACUGUUGCGGUGUGACAUCUGCAAUAUCAUUGUAUCUAGCCAAGAAAUAUUGGAGACCCACUAUGCUGGAGCAAAACAUGCCAGGAAGUUGAAGGGCCAGGAAUUGAUAAAAGAGAUUUUGAACUCACCACAUUCUACAUUCAUUGCACCUAAUGCUCAGAAUGGGUCUGAGAGUAGGAUUGCUGAGUUCACGUGCAAGAUCUGCAAUGUCAGAGUUAACUCUGAGCAGCAGCUUCAGCAGCAUCUGACAGGCUCAAAACACAAGAACAAAGCAGAAUCAAGCCAGUCAAAUACAAUGCAAGUGUCUGUUGCUAAUGGCAGCAAUGGAGGUAAAGGUGUGGUGGCUGUGGAUAUUGGACCUAACAGGCUGUAUUGUGCGGCUUGCAACGUUCACGUCAACUCCGAUCUUCAGUUACAUCAGCACAUCACGUCAAGCAAACACGCCAACAAGGUAAAUGGACGAGCCCCGACCAGCAACAACCGUGGCAGCCCUUACAUGCGGCGACAGGCUCGAGGCGGGCGGAGCAGUAGUAGUGGGGUCAACAACUGGAGAAACAAGUUUGAUUCAAACAAUGGAUGGAGCCCCAGCAACACCGGCAUGGGUCUAUCAGCUCCUAACUGGCCUAAGCUGCCUCUAGAGAUAAACAAACCUUUUGUCUCCGGAGGUGUACUCUACUCCCGACGAGACUAGAAUAGUCCGAUAGGUAUGUAAGUAGUAAAAUAGAUAGUUUGCAAGUAACCCCCCUAUAUCACUUUGAAUCACUACAACAGCAAGCCUGGCAUUAACGACUACUCACUUUUGAUUUUCAGGCUAAAUUAGUUUUUAUCACGAUAUUAAACCGAUUUCAUUUAAAUUGAGCAAAAACCUUUUCCGAAACAUCUGGUGAGUUUGUUAAUGACUAUGCAAAUACAACGAAAAGUAUAUAAGUUUAGGAAUCAAAUUUACAGACAUUGCAAUUUUAGGGCAU